GGGAAGCUGUCUGUUGUUAGCCAUUGUCUGUAACGUUAGCCAGUUAACACUCACUACAGCCAGCGGUGGCGGUCCUGCUUAGUCUUGGCAGUAAACAUCAGGGUCGCAGCCAUGCCAAGUCUAAAGCUGAUAUCUGCGACUGACACACAGUAUUCAGCGGCUGUGCUCAAGUCUAUGAAUGAGCAGCGAAAUCAUGGAUUAUUCUGUGAUGUCACCAUCAUCAUACAGGACAAGAAAUUCAGAGCUCACAAAACAAUCCUGUCUGCCUCGAGUACAUAUUUCCACCAGCUCUUCAGUGUCGCUGGACAAGUAAUCGAGUUAAACUUCAUCAGAGCUGAAAUCUUUGAGGAGAUUCUCAACUACAUUUACACCUCUAAGAUUGUCCGUGUUCGGUCCGAUAUGCUUGAGGAGCUCAUCAACGCCGGACAGAUCCUGGGAGUCAAGUUCAUUGCAAACCUGGGGUCACCGUUAUCACAAGUCAAGGGUCUGCCUGGUCUGUCCAAGGAGACAGAAAGCAAAACAGAGAUGAUGCCCAUUAUCACAGAGUCUUUCUCCAUAUCUGCAGAGGAAUUCAAUCAGACCAGCAGGCCUGGAGGGAACGACGAGGACUCGGACAGUGAUGUUAUGUUUGUUUCACAAACAGAUGCUCAAACCAGAGCAGCCGAUCAGAAAGCCUCCGGUGAGGUUAUCGAUUUGGAUACAGCUGAUACAGAAAGUGCAGCCACAACACCGAAUGAAGAAUCAAAUCACGCAGCUUCAAAACCGAAUGAGAAAGCCAAACCCCCCAUUAAAUCAACUGCUGUAAAGCCUCCGAGCAUCACCUGUCCAAACCCCACUUUACCCAACAGCAGCCCCCUGCACAGCCCAGACAGCAGCUCCAAUAACUCGUCUUCUCCUGCCAGAGUUUCCUCAGGAAGUGCUCCCACAACGCCAGCCAGGUCAAGCAGUCUCACCCCCGAGCCCUCGAGUGCCUCUCAGUCCUCUGAAAGCAAUGAUAUAAUGGGAGUCCACAAGAAGCAAGUGUCUGCAUCAUCUCAGCAGGGGGAUUUAAAAUUAAGGAUUUUAGAUGUAGAUGACAGCCAGAAAAAUCAAACCAACAGUCCCAAAUCAAUUAUAGCAGCAAAAAAGACAGUGACGCUCAAUACAGCCACAGAGAUUGAUUCAAUUUCAUCAGGCUGUAAAGUAUACGCCAAUAUUGGAGAAGAUACUUAUGACAUUGUCCCAGUGAAGGAAGAUCCAGGCGAAGGAGGCUCUAAAGCCAGUAAGGGGAAGAGAUCGUUAAUGGCAACGCCAUUGAAGCCUUUUGAUAAAUCAUCCGGGUCACAGAAGACCAGCCCGAACAAGAAGAGGGCCAAAACAGAGCUCGAGGAUCAUUACGAGCUUAUCAUGGAUGGUAAGACUUUCUAUGUGUGCAUUGUCUGCAAGCGCCCCUACGUGUGUUUGACUAGUCUCCGCCGUCACUUCAACACCCACUCGUGGGAAAAGAAAUACCCGUGUCGCUACUGUAACAAGGUGUUUGCACUAGCCGAGUACAGAACUAAGCAUGAAAUCCACCACACAGGAGAGAGGAGGUACCAGUGCUUGCUGUGCAAUGACAUGUUCAUAAACUACCAGCUACUGUCCACUCACUGCAAGCAAGUCCACAACCAGGACCCCAGCGGGAGGAAAGAGAAGGACGAAACGGACAACAACUUAUACCGACUCCUGCCAUGUAAAACAGUGCAGAUGAGGCCGUACUCGUGGAGCACUGAUGGGCAAGGAGUCCCCGUCAUAUCGGAGGAUGGCAGCGUGCAUCACAUAACCAGCGUCAGCGAAGACGUCCACUCCUCCACCCAGAGCAGGAUGUUAAACUGGGACGACAUCUUUAUCGAGCCUGAUGCUCACAUGCCAUCUGAGGCUCACCGCCGACCGGGGUCGGCCAUGAACAGUCCUCCGCAGGGAGCCACAGAGUUUGACUUUGUUAUACCAGAGACCUACUGAGCAGCACUCGUUGCUCUAUUAUCUGUGCCUUUUAGGUGCCCCCCAACCCCCCGCCCUUUUUUCCUCUUUGGUUUCAUGUCAACAGUGUUCUAUAAUUCUCAAUAGUGUCAGCCUAAGGUACGGUCACAUUAGCCUCUCUGUUUAAUGAAAUUCAUGGUGUAAUAUUGUACUAGACAUGGUGAUGAUGCACGCUAAGAUUGUGUCAGGAGAGUGUUUGAAUUUGUCAGUCGUGCCGUCUUCAGUUGAAGUGGGAGGGAGUCAGCUAAGUGUUACAGGAUGGAAGAAUAAUGUGACCCUACCUUUGCUCAUGUUACUCUGCUUGUCUAAUAGCCUUGAUCUUUUUUAUCAUUGGACUAAAUGAUAGUCACAUUAGUACAAAUACAUAGAAGUGUUUCACACACAGUAAGGUAAAUAUCUAGUUCAUAUGAAUCAUGCAAAAAUGUAAAACUUUGCCCCCCCCAAAAAAUAGGGCAGAGUUUGAGACAUAAUUCAAAAGCUAUAAUAAAAUCAUGCGUUAUCAGCCAGAACAUCUUGGUUACACGAUCUGAAGCACAAAGCAUCAAAAUGAGACAUUUAGCUGGUGCUCUCUUGUUGUCGGUUACAGACAUUAAGCAGCCUGCUGGGCUCCAUUUCAUCAAAUGUAAAUGGAGUUUACAGAUUUGACAAUGUGAAACCUCAACUGAUGAUCUUGUGGGUAACCAGGUGUCGUUCUGUUUCACAGGAGGCAUUUUGUGCUAUCAAUUUAUUUGUGUAAAAAUAAGAUGUGACCUAUAAUAAAAUUCAGUUGCUGAAAUUUGAAUUUUGUCAUUACCAGAUGCAUCAAUCAUGAGUUUCAGCCUGUUUUUGAAGAUCAGAUGGAAAGGUUUCCUGAGGACUUAUCAGUCUUAACUCCCAGUUAUGGCUACAUUGACUUCUGUACAAGAUAAUGUUAAAGGAAGAUAAGCAAUGGUAAUUUAAUUUUUCAAUCGUUGGAAAAACAAUUAUGGUUUCCCCCCCUCAUUAAACACCUUUUUUGUUUUUGAUACACCUGCUCAUUAUUUUAUUUUUAAUGCUUGCAAUGUUCCCUAAAUGCCAUUUUAAUGCAAAAUCUGCUGGCUACAUAGAGUAGGCAAGAGAUUUUGCGUACAAAUGUGAUGUUAAGAGACGAAAAUUGAGGAUUAUUUCAGUCCGUACAUAUAGCACUUAGUGUUGGAAAAUGCAGAAGAUUUUUUUGUAAUAUUUUUACUUUUUCACUUGUUUUACUUUUUACAUUGUGUUGAAAUGUAGUGAUUGGUCAGUAUGCAUAAAAGUAGUGCUAACAUGGGGAUCUCUACUUAAUGUCAUUCAAUAAAUGCAGGAUUUGUUUUAAAUAACAGUUUAACAUAGGUGUUUGAUGUACAGUACAUUGUGUUAAUCCUGCUUUUUUUUUCUUUUUCAACUGUAUCAGAUGUAUUUAUUAGGUUUAUAGCGGUAGACAAAAUCAAAUAGUUAUCAAAUACUCGGUUCUGUUGGCAAUGUACAAAAUGUCCCUCUCUGUCAAUUUGCAAAGAGGAUAUCCUGAUGGUAAAUAAAUUAUUCUUUUACUAUUUUAACUUAACUGUGUUGCACUACCAGCAUAUAAACAUCUGCUAUUUUAUCUAU